AAUAACGUCUUAUUUUUAUUUAAUGGCUACAUUUUAAUAGAAUACCGAUAAAUCGUAAUAAAUCACUUAACUGACAGAUCAUCAUGCAUGCACCGGGCUUUCAAUGGAAAUCGCUGUUAUAAUGAUAUUUGCCAGAAAAGGUCAGUUGGAUCGACCUUCACCGUUAGCAUUCACGAUUGUACGAUAAAUAAAUUAUAAAAUAAUCAGGUAAGUUUAACAAGCCAAACGUUUCGCAGCAUGCUUUCAAGAUGAAGUCGCUAAUAUGUUCGAUUUAUUGCGCUUGAUGCUUCUCGAUCUAUUUAUAGAUUAAACGAGAUAAAUUGAUAUUGUAGCUAGCAGUUGGUCCGGAUAGUCACUUUAUACAAGAUUGAAAUGUAGAAUUCGCCAUUUUUCUCACGGGGAUUUGUGAUUUCCCGUACGAUUCCGUGCACGUAGAGCAGGCUACGUGUGUUCUGAAAAUCUCGACGAUCUGCCUCUUCCUCUCUCACUUCCUCAAGAUAAUUGCAUUAUUACCGAGAUUUACUAAGUUUUCGCAUGUACGCCGUGAUCAAGAACGAGCGUUCUUCUAGAUCCGAAACGCUCUGAUCGAUCUAAUGAUUCAUCCACGUUUAACGUUGAUAUUGUCAGUCAUACAUUAUUGAGGCUAAUUAUUUUAUUGCACGUAAACAUAAAAAAGAAAUCAUUUUCCUGGAAUGUUAAAUAACAUCAAUUAGAUCAAUAUAAUUAUUGAGGAAAAGUAUCUAAUACAACUACAUUAUUUCCCGACAAGAUUACAUAUUACAUAUUACAUGUUAUUCUUCUAAAUACUAAAUUCUAAAGCAAAAAGAUGAAUAAAAACGAAUAAACAUGUGUUGUCCAGCGUGAGAAAGCAUUUUCAGAUGAUGAUGAGGUAACUCGUCUUUAAGUUAACAAUUAAAUAGACGAUCGAGUUUCCUUCAUAUUCAAUUCCCCCCAACUCUUCAGUCCAUCUUACAGCCAAAAAGUUCGUCUACUCAAGAUACUUGGAUUUCGAUCGAUCGAAUCAGAAGGCGAUUCCCGAUCGACUCGCUCGUUCGCUCGCUCGUUCGUCGCGUACACUCGCUUAUAUACACGAGACAGGCGAGCUGGUGUGUGUGUGGCACCUCGAAGGUCCACGUGGUUGUGGAUCACGGUGGUGGCAACAGUCGUCUCCCAACCGUCGUUCUAGUGUGCAUGAACGUCAUCAUCUCCGAUCGGCUGCGGUUGCCGAGUAGUAGCUGAGAAAAACGUGAAACAAGAAAACAGGCCGGGACAAGUUUCGCCUUCGUUCGGUGGAUCGGCGUAAAAUUUGCGCGCUCGCUGUAACGCCGCGUCUCGCAGAUCUCGGUGCGUGGUCCUGCAUCUCGCAUCCGCGGUCCCGCGACAGAUCCGAUCUGGAGCGGAGCUGGUCUUCCCCGCUCUUGGGCCUCUGAUCUUCGCCGGAGCGCGUGCGAUGCGCUCCGAAAAGCUCCGCGAGCUUCGCGAGAACCGCGAGACCGGUCACUGAUCGCGCAUCAUCCGCGUUGCACGAUCGUGACGCCGCUUCUCGCGAUUCGCGUGUCUAUCCUCGAUAGAUCACGCGGAUCGAUAGAUCAUCGACGCGUCCGCGCGUGCUCCUUUAUCUCGGAGUUUUUCGCUAGCGUCUAGCUGAAACGAGCGUGGAGCCAAGGUGAUCAAUAACUUGUAAAACCUGUUACAGGUCAUUCCCAGUCGUCUCUCAUUAAAGAUGAGGGUCGAUCAGCUUGGACUUCUUCUUUGGAAGAAUUACAUUGUUCGGAAGCGGCAGCCGGGAAUCCUGGCUCUGGUUUUUCUCUGGCCCGUAGCGGUUUUCAUGCUUCUUUACACGGUGCGCGACAAUGUCGAUCCAGAGUAUUAUCCGACCUGUCAGUUCCCCGCGAGAUCGAUGCCGCAGGAUGGACUUCUGCCCUUCGUUCAGAGCUACAUAUGCAGCGUCGGCAAUCCCUGCGAUCCGCUGGCGGAGUACGAGGAAGUGCCGUCGUACAAAAACGCCACCAUGGGUUCACUAGUCACGGAGCUGCAACCGAUGAUCAGCAACAAGACGAUCGUCUCCGCCGUGGAAACGUUGCCGCAGAGUAUUCAGCUGUUGAAGUCGAUGGCACAGAUACUCACCAAGCCGGAAAUCAAGGCGCUUUUCGAUAAGGGAAUUUCUCUGGGCGACUUGUUCAACAAUCAUGACGAAAUCAAGGACUUGCUGAGAUCGCAAAUGCCAGGAGUCAGGAAGGGCUUGAUUGACGGUCUAUUCGAAUCGUCUGUAAAAUUGAUAUAUUUGAUCCAAUCUUUCGGCUCAUCUAACAUCGAUGGCGUCAUUUGUUCCGCGGAUAGCCUGAAGAAAUAUUUGAUCCUGCCGAAAGAGGAGGAUUUCGCGGAGAUCUCGAAUGCCCUCUGCAACAUUGACUCGAAGGCGAUCCCUGACAUUCUGGAUAAUCUAUCGAAGCAUCUGGACUUCACCGGCUUGCUGGCGAUGGUGGAUCGCGCGAUGGCAAAAUUCCGCGAUUACGAUUUCUUCGAGGAUCUGAAGCGAGCGGUGGAAACCAUCCUCAAUUUAAAGAUAUCCGAGAAAUACAUACCCGAAUACUUGAAGAUCCGCGAAUGGCUACCAAAAAUGGUCUUGGCAUUCCGCAACGUAACUUUUAAGGAAAUCGAUGUCGGCUUCAUGAAUAAAGCUCUGGAGGUCUUGGAUCCCGUGUUUGCGUACGAGCGAGAUUGGCCCCUCGCCCGAAGCGGAUUUUUGAAGUUAAACAAACUCUUGAAGAUGGUGAAGGAACUGGUGAAGGGGGAUGCAGCGAAUUCCAUGGAUGAUUUCUUCAGCGUGAUGGAUCGACUGACCGGAACGAUACAGGAUUUCUCGUCGGAUCCGAUCAAUUACGAGAAUAUCACGCAGAUAUUGGAUCUAUCUUUCACGAUCCUGCAGGAUGGCAUCAUGCUCACUAGAAAACUGUUGGAUCGCCACCAGGACCAAUUCGAACUAGCUGCUAAUGUUUUCGAUGGACUCAAAAACUUCUUCUCCGACAACCUAGUGAACUCAAUAACGUACAUCGUGUCGUUAAUAGAUAAUAUCGUGCAAAUGACUCAUCACGUUGUCAUUCUUCACGAAGAUAGUAUGGAAAGACUGUAUGAGAUCUGUAAAAAGCACCAAGAUUUGGUCCAAAAGAUGCUGACAAACUUGCAGCCCACUGUGUACAGAAGGAUUAUCCAAUCCUUCUCUCGAUUAGAUUUCAUAGAGCGUCUACUGGACGAUUUACGGAAAAAGAGUCCUGAGGAACUGUUUUGUGAAAAAGACACGAUGAACGAGAUAUUCGAUAAUUUUGUCGAGUUUAAAGACAAAUCCGACGAGAUUAAUGAAUUAUUCUGCAGUCAUGAUGGCAAAAGAUUCAUUAAUGACGUCUACAACAGUUUUGAAUUCGACAAAUUCGGAACAAUCAUACGCAAUACUUUGUCCUCGAUGGUUACUAUGUCGUUCAAGCAAGUUGUCAGGAUCAAAAAUUCCAACUUAACGAGCGUCGUGAAGGAUGUCAAAGAUUUCGUGUCUUAUCUGGAUGAGCAGAAAGAGACAAAUCUGAACUGGACCAUUUUCCAAACCAGCGACGAAUGGGCCGAAACCUUCGUAGACACGCGACAGCAAGGAAGAUUAGAUAUUUUGGGAAUUCACUUGAGCAUCGCGAAGAUGAUGGGCUAUCGCAGCAUAUCCUACAUAAGCAUCAAACCAGAUCUAGAAAAGAUGGACAUCUUGGCGGAAGUGGUCGUGCAAGAUCUGCGAACUAAUCCUAGCGACUAUAUCGGAGAGGUGCGGCGACACGAAGCAGAGUUGAUCGAAUCGUUUUAUUAUACGGUUUCGGAUAAAGAGAAGACGUUGCAGAUCCUGGAGUAUUCGAAUUUCACGAAAACGUAUUGCAUGGACCCGAAUCCGCCGGCUUUGUUGAAUUUUCCUAAGGAAUCGAACAGCACAGCGUUGAAGGAGCUGGUGUGCUACCUAUCCAAAUCGGUGCAAGCGGAUCUGGAAUUGAACGUGACCAACAUCGAAGCCGAGGAAGCCACGUAUAACCAGAGGGAAUUUAAUUGGACGGCUUUCAACGAAAAGACAAUUGAGAUUUACCAAUACAUCGAUAGCCUGGUGAAUCAGGAGGAUCAGCAUUAUGAUUUUGCGAAACUGCAGAGAUUACGGCAGGAUUUCAAGACUUCGUGGACGACGAAUAGCACGGCGAAAGCCGCAUGGGAGAUCAGCGUAGGUUUACUUUGCAAGGUUUUCGAUUUGAUGGAGAGUCCAGUGUUCGGGAUACAAACCAAAUCGAACUGGAAGAACAUUUACGGCCUCGCAUGGGCGACGUCGAUGAUCUUCGAUAAUAUCGAAAAAAUCGUCGAUCAGAUCCAGAGGAACCAUCACGAGGCGAAAAUCUCCGACGUUCUGCAGGAGAUGCCGCAGACAGAAAGACUGGUCAGCUCGUUCCUAAAGAACCUGUCACCGAUUAUUCUCGACAUAGUCGACAUAAUAACCCUGCGGCCAGUGGCUCUUAUAUCAGUGCUUGAUGAUUACAAGGAACGCGAGCGAAUGUGGCCUUGCGUCCUGAUCGAGAGCGUUGGCACGACGUUAGAACUGAGAAACGGAAGUCGGGAGGUUGUACAACAGAUCGAAAAGAUUGGUUGCAAUCCGAGCUCCUUUAUUAAGGAAUGGAAAGAGCAGCCUGUGUUGAAGAGAGUUCGGAAAAUCCUGGACCAUGACGAGAACGUAGAUCUACCGCCAUUCAAUUGGACUCUGGGAUACACGAAAUUCCGGCGUCUCGUAGGAAAAUUGGACAAUUUGAUAAACAAUGCCAAAGAUAUCGCGUUGGCGGAGGAGCCGAAAUUGGCAAAAUACAUGGAUACACUCAUGGAAGAAGUGAAUAGCAUAUUCGAGGAAAGAUCGCCAAGCAAGAAAAAUGACUGGAGAAACACUCUGGAACAUAUUGAUUUGGAAAUGGACAAGACGGUGAAAGCUUUCUCCAGCCAGAAUUCCGCGAGCGACGUAUUGAAACGAUCAUCCAGCGCUCCCAAAGUUAUCGACAACGUUCUCAUCUUUGUAAAAUAUCUUUCGAAUUUCGUUCACAAGGGCGCACGUAUCGCGAUCAAUAUAUUAAACAGAGGUACGGGAAAAAUCAGUCUGCUGUCUUUGCUGGGAUUCGACAGCACGUCUCCUAUCACUAUCUUUCACGAUCAGCUGGCUUACAUUCUGUCAACGAUAGUAAUCGGAAUAUCCGAUCCCGUGAUCGGCGAUAAAAUCUUUAGUGCGAUUGACCAUAAAACGAUUACGUGCACCAUGAUGUUCGACUUGUUGUCGGAGGUCAGAGUCGGCCUGAGUGCCGAGGAUUACAGGACUCUGAAGAACUUCACCUGCGACUCCGAUCCCGAGAACUUCAACGUCUACAUGGAUCUUUACAUGGCGCAAAUGAUGAACUGGGAAAGACCCGCCAGCAAAUAUCGGUCUUACGUGGCUUCGAUGUUCGGCGAUAUGUAUGAUCUUGCAAAAGCGAUCACCCUCACGUUGAAGAACAAGGUGAUUAUCGAGCCACCAUUCUCGAAAAAAUACUGGGACCACAUGUUGCAUUCGCUGAGAGAUUCCUUGGAACUCGGAGGAGAACACGCUUUUCACAGGGAGGAAAAUCCGGAUAAGAAGUGGUCGUACAGAGAAUUAUACGAGGAAGGUCUGUCAGAGAUUCUAACACACGUUGGUAACAUGAUAAAGAAUGCGGAGAUACGUAACAACGAGCUUUACACUUGGCAAUUAACGGAGAACGACGAUACACGUCAAGUAAUAAAGCUUCUGGAGGCUCAUCCUGAAAAUACCAUCGCGCUAAUUGCUACCCUUGAUGCAUUGCGUUAUGAUCAUCCGUCUCGGCUCAUGCCCUUCAAGGAUAUUAGAAAAAUCAUGUGCAAUUUUCAUUUUGCUUCAGUCCCCUUUAAUUCUACUUAUUGGUCCACGCCGAAAAGAAAACAGUUUCUACAAGAGGUGUGCUCAUUCGAUCCCUACCAGCUGCUGAAAACUGCCACGAGCAACGAAUUUUACAACAUUGUUAGCGGUCGAUCGGAUACGCUUUCAAAAUCGACGCCGCUGACUAUGUCAUUAAUGAAACUGCUGGACGUAGUACUGAAUCUUACCAGCACGUCGCCCGGCGUGACUCUCAAGUCAAACGUCCUUAAUAUAACAACCUGGCAGAAUCUGUCCAACGAUACUUGGCUCUUAAUCAUGAAGACUGAGAAAUACAUUAUCGAUGAGUACAUAAAACAUACUAUAUUUUCUAUGUACGUAAACGACUUCAUUCUCGACUCGAGCAGACUGUUCCACCUCCUGGACUUUGCGGCCGAUCUCGCGUCCGGAGGAGAUAUCUGGCAGAAGCUUCGCGUCAUGUACGAAUCCUCGAGGAUCAAGCCGCUGCUAACUCUCUUAGAGGACAUGCCUAAUCUCCUAAUCACCGCCGUCGACACCUUCGUCUCGUCCGAGAGGCUCGAUGACUUCGUGCAGAAGCUCUUCCACGGCCAGCUGCAACUGUGCGACAUCGAUCGUUACUUGAUCCCACCUAACUACAUGAGGAAAAGGGGUCUGCUGUAUAGCAUCACGAAUUUCUGCCAGAAAAUCGUCAUGAGUGAGAAACACGUGAUUUUGCUGGAAUUGUUAGCCUUCGACGGGAAAUACAAUGGUUCUUUAUUUUUCAUCUACAACGAGUCCGGAACAACGGAAACCGGCAACGAGGUACAUCUGUUGAACAGAAUACGUAAGUUUCAGAACACAGUGAUUCGCAUUUCGUCGGAGGGCUUUAAGGAACCGAAGAUACCUGCGUGGUGGACAUCGUUUGAGGAGGGUACUUUAAAAGACUUCGUCGCGGAAUAUAAGAAGAAGGACAUGAAAAGUCUGGCGUAUUCCAUGGUGAAGAAGACAAUGUCGCUCUUGAGGAAUCUUUUCGAAGAUCAAUUGAACUCCAAAGACUGCAAAUGGUGCACCACGCUUCCAAUGGAGAUCUUAAAUUCUCAGCUGUCGUAUCAUACCAAAUAUCCAAAGCUUUUGUGCGACUUGAACCGAUUGAACAUAUCAGAAGUACAUAAUAUCUUAAUCAAUGAUUUUAAUUGGAAUAAAACAGCCAAUAUGAUCAAGGAUUAUAAAUAUCUGAACAAAGAGAAAACAUUCGAUGAAUUUCUUAACACGCUUGAAAUUACGUUGCACUACAUCUCCGAAAUCAUAAUCGACUUCCAAAAUCAGACGUAUCAUGACAAAGUGACCAACUGCUUUCACAAAUUCGUCGGCGGAUCUACGUAUUCCAGACCGGGAUUGUAUAUCACAUUGCUGUUGAGUGUACUGGACAUGCUGCAGAAAAACGCUUUCAUCUUGGAUUCGGCAUCCAUCCACGAGAAUAUCAACGAGCUGACUAGUCUAUCCGAAAAAUACGUACCGAUCUGGAAGCCGUUACGCGACGUGGUGAAGAAAUCCGACAUCGCUGAUAUCGAUGCUGCGUUGCCGAACGCUACCAUCAACGUGAACGCGAUCAUGAAUGACUUGGAAACGGCGCUAUGCCAUACGAGGACCGAUUGUCAAAAUGCGACGGUACUUUAUGAUUUCCUCAGAUCGAAGAGGGCGGCCAAAGUCUUCCGAUACGACCCGAGUGCGGCCAACUACCCGUCAGUAUCCGACAUCGCGAACCGGCUGGCUCGGAGUCUGGAUGUAGAUCUCAUAAGUCGGAAGAGUCUUUCGUGGCGCAUGGAGGCCUCCUGGGACCUCAUCUGGUUGAAAGAGAUCUUGGGUCAUGUGUCCAUGAUUCUCGAGGAGGGCGGAAAUCUACUGGACGUCGCUAGUAAAAUAGAUUUCGAGAACGCCUCCGAUCUUCUUGGAGUUCCCGACCUCGCCGAUGGCAUAGUCAACAUAUUGAACGAUAAAACAGUCGACAAAUUGUUUGAAGGGAUGAAGGAGCUUCUCGAGGAUGUAAAACCAUUCCUGACUGAUCCAGAAGUAAUCGACGAUCUGCAUAAUAUAAUCACAGCAUUGGAAUCGAUGGACAUUUUCAAAAAUCUGGGACUGCUGGAUAUGAAAUACGUGGUCAGAGAAAUGUUCGACAAUUGGGACGUAGUAAGAACAUACCUCAUCGACAAGGUUGGCAUUACUAACAAAAUCGCGGUCACUUUGGGCCAAGGCAAGAUAGACAUGAUCUCGGUCUUCUUGAAAGAACGCGGCGUCGUUAGUUUGAAAGAUACUAUUUGUUCGCCCAAGAAACUCAGCGACAUGUUACUCUUCAACAACAGUCUCGUCACUGCCGAAGAAGUCAGUUCUACGCUCUGCCAGUUGGAUCAGUCGCAAACGCAAAAUAUCGCUAUCGCAUUGAUGAAAAACUUAAACUUCAAUUAUAUUUUCAAAAAUUUGAUGAGCGCCAAUGUCAAAAAUAUAAUGGCUAACGCUAAUUUAACCGAAACCGAAGGAAAAGUUGUAUUGGACAAUCUCGCCGUCGCCGCGGAUUUAUUCCCAUUUUUCAAAGACAAAUUGGCGGGAAGUUUUUCUACCAGCAUGACAGAUGAUGUCGAUGAGAAAAUGGAAAAGAUGUCCGACUCGCAGCUUCUGACGGAAGCCAGCAAAAUGUUUUGCGGUAAAGAACUGAUCCAAGACAGCGGAAGACUUUACAAACUUAUCUACAGUUUAGAGGAUAGCAAUAAAGCAUUUGAUCAGAAGGAACUUAAUUCCCUGCCAGAGUUUUGCAAAGAAACGUACAAGAAUGUGCUCGGCAUACCCGGUGGGAAGAUCAUCUGGUCCUACGUUAAGCCUCUGUUACGCGGCCAGAUUCUUUAUGCACCUAAUACUACCGUGAUCAACGAAGUUAUGACUGUGGCGAACAAAACUUUUGUACAGAUAGAUCAUUUCAGCAUAUUAAUGAAUAGUUUCGAGAAAACUCUCAAAUCGCUGGCCAGUCUGACGGAAAUGAGUGACAGUUUGAAAGAUCUACAGAGCAUCAUAUCUUCCGAUGUAAUGAAAGUUGCGAUCAAAUCGAUGGGAGGUGGCAAUUUCCAAGGUGAUGGUUUGUCCGAGCUGGAUCUCAGCGAGAUCGCGUGGCGGCUGAAGAAUUCGGACAAGCUGAUCUCGAUGAUGAGCACGUUGAACAACAUGAUGGGAUGCGUGCUGGUGAACAGGACUCGAGGAUUCGCCACGGAAGAGGAGCUGGAGGCGGUGGCCAGUCGUUUGACCGACACGAACGAAUUUCUGGCCGGGGUGAUCUUCAUGAACGACGAUUCAUCUGAACGGACGAAGAGAUCUCUGGACCGCGAAUUACCGAACAAUAUUACGUACAAGAUUCGUAUGGACGUGGACUACGUGCCGUCCACCAAACGUCUGAAGAAUCAGUUCUGGACUCCCGGACCGGAGAGCAGUUUCAUCGAACAUCUUAGGUAUCUCCGAGGUUUCAUUCAGCUUCAGGAUUCCGUCGAUCGCGCCAUCAUAAAAGUGAAAGCGCGCAGAGACAUCGACUGGAAAACAGUCACGCAGCAGAUGCCGUAUCCAUGUUGGAAAUAUGCACCAUUCCAGACGACGCUUUACGAGUCCCAAGGUCUGCAGGUGUGCUUCUUCUUCGCGUUAAUGAUGUGCGUUGGAUCGGCCGUCCGGCACAUCGUUUGGGAGAGAGAGUCGCAAAAUUCAAUGGUAAUGAGCGUGAUGGGAUUGAAGCCGUGGCGCAAUACGCUGGCUUGGUUCAUCACGACUUUCGCGGAACUGAUGAUCGUGAUGAUCUCCAUCUCCUUGAUUUUAUUGGCUGGAAAAAUCCUGCCACGGUCAAAUCCUCUGCUAGUACUUCUCUUGCUUUUCGACUAUAUCUUCUCUAUAGGGACAUUCUGCUACAUGAUCUCGACGAUGUUCAGCUCCGCCAGUCUCGCCGCGGUUACCACGGUUGUCAUGUUCCUGUUAACUUACAUGCCGUACAUCAUCGUUAUCGCCAUGGACGCCGUAUUCGGGCUUGGAUACAAACUUUUAAUCUGUCUGAGCAUGUCCACCAGCUUCUGCUACGGAUGCAUGUACGCAGUGCGAAAGGAAGUUCAAAGUAUCGGUCUCAAUUGGUCGAACUUGUGGGAGGAAUCGAGCCCCGGCGAUCCGAUGUCCUUGGGAUUGGUGAUGGUGAUGAUCGCAUUUGACGGCUGUCUGUACGCUGCGAUCGGCUAUCUGAUCGCCAGAUACACUAACUCAGAUGAUGAUAGUGACACAAGCAACUUGACAGUCACCGAGAAGCAGAUUGGGGUGAGAUUCGAAGGUGUCAGGAAAGUCUACCACACUGAGCGAGGGGAUGUUGUGGCUGUGGAUGAUUUUACGUUGAAGCUUUGCGAGGGUGAAGUGACGAGUCUGCUUGGCAGGAACGGCGCAGGCAAAACUACCAUUAUCAAGAUGCUGACUGGAAUGGUGGCACCGACAAACGGCGAAAUUUGUCUGAAUGGCGAGGAGGAUUGCAAGCCCGAGAUAGGAGUGUGUCCUCAGGAUAACGUGCUGAUCGGAACUCUCACGCCGAGGGAACACAUGAUCUUUUACUGGAAGUUGAAGCGACCCAACGAUAGUAAUAUCGAGAUGCAGAGGCACGUUAAUGACAUGCUGGCUUCGUUGGAGCUCGGACGCCAGGAACACGAACCGGUGUCACGUUUGUCUGGCGGUACGCGACGUCGACUCUGCGUGGCUCUGGCCUUCCUGGGAUCCCCGCGAUUAGUUAUUCUGGAUGAACCUGGUGCCGGGGUGGAUCCCGCGGCCCGACGACGGAUCUGGCGACUGAUCGAUCAGCACAGGAUCGGCAGGACCGUCCUCCUCUCGACCCACCACUUGGACGAAGCCGACAUGCUAAGUGACACCGUUGUGGUAAUGCACAAAGGGAAGAUCCUGUGCACCGGCUCCCCAUUGUCCCUAAAGAUGACGCAUGGCAGAGGAUACAGGCUCAAUGUAUCCUUCCCGACUGAACAAUACGCCAACAAAGAGGAGGUCGAUAAGAAGAAUGUGAAAGCCCUUCGCACCGUCAUCGAGGAGAUUGUGCCGAAUGCAACGAUAAACGAGAUAUCAGAGUCGGAAGUCACCGUCACGUUACCUUUCCAGGAGAAAAGCGGCAUGAACAAUGACAUCGCGCAGGUGGCGAAAGCGCUGGAAGACAAUUGUAAACUCCUGGGCUAUUCGCACUUCUCACUGGAAUGCGACACUCUGGAAAGAGUCUUCCUGGAUCUCUGCGCGCGAGCAGACAGCGGAUCUAGUGUCAUCAAAGCAAGUCAAGAUAGCAUCGUCAGCGUGGAGCACGUCGAAAUUCCCAUAUCGGAUGACGACAUCGAUUUAAUUUCCACGAGCACGAUAUUGAAGCCCUCGCCGAUCCGACAAAUGAAAUCCAUAAUAAAGAAGAGGCUAUGGCAUUUCGCGAGAGACUGGAAAGCGCCGUUGGCCGCGCUCGUUUUACCGACCAUGUUCGUCGCAGUCGCCAUGGGAUUUUCUCUAAUACGGCCGCCGUCCGAGGACGAACCAUCUCUGGUUCUAACUCCCAAGCUGUAUAAUACUCAUCCGACUUACUUCUACAGCAUUGAUGGCAGUAACGAUCCGUUCCUGCAACAUGUAUCCUUACAGCUGCACGAUCGCUUCGGGGAUGAUUACGCCGGCGCAUGGCAAACAUUACCUAACGAUACCGGAACCUGCGAAUGUCUCGAUGGUCAACAAACCUGUCGGGGUGUCUCCAAAGCUGUGGAGGGUCUCCUGCAAACCUUACCUGGUCGACCGACUCUAGACUGGAUCACUUCGACACACCAGGAAUAUCUGGAGAAACGAUACGGUGGCUGGUCCCUGUCGCAUUCCAAGGAGGAUCCUCUUUUCAUCGUUUGGUACAAUAACAAGGGCCACCACUCGAUGCCAGCGUAUCUGAACGCCCUCAACGAGGCAAUUCUGCGAGCGACCGGGGUGCAAGGACACUUAACCACGCUCAAUCACCCCUUGAAGCUAUCGAGCGAUCAGCUGAAUCGAAUGACUAUAGUGCAACAUGUAGCAGACGUCGGAGUGGCAUUGGUGCUCCUGUUAGCGUUCAAUUUAGUCGCGGCUCAGGGCGCGAAGGAAUUAGUGAGAGAACGAUUGUCGGAGGAGAAGAGGAUACUCUACUUGGCUGGAGUUCAUCCGAUCACGUAUUGGACGACAGCUUUAAUUUGGGACUUUAUCGUAUUCGGUUGUGCUAUGUGCCUGGCGAUCAUCAUUUUCGAAAUCUUCGGCCUGUCAGCUUACGUCGCGAAAGAUAAUCUCCCCGCUGUCUGCAUUCUGCUGAUCAUGUUUGGAUGGGCGGCGAUACCAUUUUCGCAUCUCGUCGAGAAGGCAUUCGAUGACUCGAGUCUGUCCAACAUGGUGCUGUUCUGCGUGAACACCUUCAUCGGCGUGGCUGCCUUAGCGACCAUCCUGGUGAUCGAUAUUCUCGGCAAAAGUAAAACGGCCGAAGACGUGAGGAACCUCCUGCAUUACAUCCUAAUGAUCUUUCCACAAUACACCCUUGGCGACGCGCUGGUCGAGAUAUCGCGAAACGACAUUACGUCCGAGCUGCUGGGAAGGUUCCACAUGGACACCUAUCAGUCCCCGUUUAGCUGGGAUCUUCUCGGUCUCCAUUAUGUGUUUCUCGCUGUGAUCGGCGCGAUCUUAUUUACGCUGAAUCUGAUGAUCGAGUGCCGAGUUCUGCCGGAUCUCAGGAAGCAGAACGUCACUUACGAGGCGUUGGAGGAGGACGAUGACGUCGUCAAGGAGAGAUUGAGGAUCGAGACCGGCAUGGUCGACGACACCCUGAAGACCGUGAAACUGAGAAAGGAGUACAGAAGCGUGUAUGGAACAAACGUCGCCGUGCAGAAUUUAAGUUUCGGCGUGCAGUCGGGAAAGUGUUUCGGCCUCUUGGGAGUGAAUGGCGCGGGGAAGAGCUCGACGUUCAGGAUGCUGACGACAGAAAUCAUUCCUACGGCCGGACGGAUUAUUCUGAAGGGCACGGAGAUCGGUAAGGGACCCCUGUGCAACGGCGAGGUCGGCUAUUGCCCUCAGAGCGACGCCCUGGACGGUUUUCUCACCCCUCAUCAGUGCUUGACGAUUCACGGGGAGGUUUGCGGAUUCAGUAAUGUUCCCAAGGCUGUCGAAGCGAUGCUGAAGAGGUUCGAUCUGCUCAAGUAUGCUCAUCGAAGGGUCGAUAGUCUCAGCGGCGGUAACAGAAGGAAGUUAUGUGCCGCUAUAAGUGUUAUGGCACCCGUGGCAGUGGUUCUCAUGGACGAACCCACGAGCGGAAUGGAUCCCGCCACGAAGAGCCUCGUCGCCAAAGCCAUCAGGCACGUAACGAAGAAUCAGGGAUGCGUUAUACUGACUUCGCACAGCGUCGCCGAAUGCGAAAACCUUUGCUCGCGGGUAGGCAUCCUCGCGAAGGCUGGUCUCAGGUGUAUAGGAACGCCGCAGCAUUUGAAGCACAAAUUCGGCGAGGGCUACGUCGCCUUCCUGAGGUUCAGCCAGCCGGUCACCGCGGCGGAUCUUAGGAGAGCCAUCAUGAAAUAUCUGCCACAGGCGAUUAUCUCCUCGAGACAGGCCACGGCUGCUCGACUUCUGCUACCACGGAGCCAAGACAUUGCGCUCAGCGUGAGCUUCAGUAUGGUGAAGCUCCUGGCCGAGGAGCUUAAGGCCACCGACUACACGCUCACACAAAGCUCGCUGGAUCAGGUCCUGGUAAACUUCUCGGAGGAGCUGGACGACGAAACCAUCGACGCGGCCGCCUUCGGCCAGGCCAGCAGGAACAGCAUGCCCAACAUGUACUCCAGCACAGAUGUCAUUCACAUGGACACGUUUUGAGCGUCAUUUAAUUAGGCUAAGCUCUUUUCACUGCAGUUAGACGCGCCAAGUUAAAAUCAACUCAAAUCAAAUCAAAGUUUUAUGUUUCGCUUCAACGAGCGAAACAUAAAACUUCUCUUUCCCUGUCUCUCUUCACUCGUUGUCCUCAUCGUCUGUUUUCGGGAUGCGUAUUUUCGUGGCGAUUACUGUGAUAGUUUGCCUUUACAUUUGACGCCACGGCGAAUUAAACGCGCAAUUAAACACGUACGAGCUUGAGAAAGGGCGAGAGCGCUUCUUCCGGUUCUCACGCGGCCUUCCGGGCCUCACGGGCCUACGAAGGAAUUUCGCGAUUCUCGCGAACGACGGGGAAGCCAGAUCCAAAUCGAGCCCGCGAAGCGGAUUUUAUUAGAGAACCUCAUGAUAGAUCAAUAAAAAUACCCGACUUGAUCUUAGAUUUAAAAUCUGUAAAUAUGUUGUAUUUUAGAAUUAUUAUAGUUUUUUUAAGUAGAAUGCGAGAGCGCAAGUUUGUGCAGUCUUUUUUAGAUUAACGGAGUCAGGUACAGAUACAUAGUUUUCAAGAUACGACUCGCAUGAUCCUCGCUCCGCCGAGCGAGUGCUCAUCACGAGAAUACAAUGCACGAUCGAUUUAAGAAGAAGCUAUACUUAUUAUGUCUUAUGUCAAGGUUGCCGUGAUUGCAUCACGCGAUGAUUCUUUGAUAAGCAAGAGGUACUGAUGUCAUUAACGAAAUGCGAAACACUGAUGCGAUACCACGUUGUCACAUCUAUCUACUUGUUAUCAAAACCUCAAACGUCGCUGCCGAUGUCGCAAUCAGAACGCGUUUCGUACGUUGACCGAUACGCAAUUACGUACACGUUACCUAGGUAUAGCUGAGAAUUAAUUGUACUCGCUCGAUCGAGCUAUUUCCAUUAAAUACAAUCGUUUCUUAAUUGAACCGGGGCAA